UAUAAAAUACAUAUUUGUAGAGUUAGCUCACACUCAAAAGUCUGAUUUUUCUAGGCUGUAAGUCCCUGAACAACAAAAAAAGAAACUUCACUGAAAAUGUCCUUCGUUAGCGAAUUUUUGCAACAGGCCAUGUAUAUGGGCCUGGACGAUUAUCCACCAUCAUAUAAAGGACCAACAGUGACUCCAUGCCCUAACUUUAAUGUGAGUGCUGAUGUCGCAGUAUUGGACAAAGCAAUCAAAGUAAAAGGCGUGGAUGAGAAAACCAUUAUUGAAGUACUGGUGAAGAGGAGCAAUGCCCAGCGUCAGCAAAUCAAAGAGGCUUACCAGAAGGCUUCCGGAAAGGCUCUAGAUGCUGCUCUGAAAAGUGCCCUCUCUGGCCAACUUGAAGAUGUGGUCCUGGCCCUGUUAAAAACACCAGCCCAGUAUGAUGCUUACCUGUUGAACACUGCCAUGAAGGGUCUUGGAACCGAUGAAGACUGUCUUAUUGAGGUGCUGGCAUCCAGGACUAACAAAGAGAUAAAAGAGAUUUUAAAAGUCUACAAUGAUGGAAAAAACAAUCUUGAAAAAGACAUUAGCUCGGAGACAUCUGGAGACUUCAGAAAGGCACUCCUUUCCCUUUGUAAGGGAGACAGAAAAGAAGACAACGUUGUGAAUGAAGAUCUCGCUGACAGUGAUGCCAGAGCUCUGUAUGAAGCUGGAGAGAAGAGAAAGGGGACCGAUUGCUUGACUUUCAUCAACAUACUCACCACCAGGAGUGCUCCACAGCUUCGCAAAACAUUUGAGAGAUACAGCAAAUACAGCAAACAUGAUGUGUCACAGGCUCUUGAUCUGGAGCUGAAGGGUGAUAUUGAAAGCUGCCUGACUGCUGUUGUCAAAUGUGCUGGAAACAAACCAGCUUUCUUUGCGGAAAAGCUGUACUUGUCAAUGAAGGGAUCUGGAACCAGAGAAAAGAUGUUGAACAGGAUUUUGGUUAGCAGGUCUGAAAUUGACUUGCUGGACAUCAAAGCUGAAUAUCAGAAAAAAUAUGGCAAGACUCUUUACCAGGCCAUUCUGGAUGAAACCAAGGGAGAUUAUGAGCAGAUCCUGCUGGCUCUCUGUGGAAGCAAUAACUAAAUUCCAUACCAGGAUGUGUGCAAGUCCUUGCAGCGGAAGAACAAAUAAUAAUCUGCUUUUACACACACCUCGCUUCCUCAAAUAGAUAUAUAUAUAUAUCAGUAGGUAAAUAUAUGUAUGAAGUAACUAGUUUGUAGUAAAAUGCUGAUCAUGUAAAAUUGGCUGAGAUUUUCACCUUGUCUGAGCAGGGUGGUUGUGUGCAAAUAAAGUCCAUAUACUCUUCAUAAA